AUGCAUCCUAAAUUGUCUCCUAAGAUUAGAAAGUUUGAUUCUGGAUAUGAGAAGCGUAAGAAAAAGAAAAGACUUGAUGAGUUAACUCAAUCUCAAUCAGGAGCUCUUGAUAAAAUUAUCAUAAAAGAACCACAAAUUCCUAAUGAAAAUCAAAAUGUUGAUGUUGGAAUUAUUGAAAACACGGUUUCUACUAAAAAUAUGGAGGAAAAUGCUAAUGUUAAUGCUACCAAAAAUGAUAAUUUAGAUGCUGAAAAUAUGGAGGAAAAUGCUAAUGUUAAUGCUACUGAAAAUGAUAAUUUAGAUGUUGAAAAUAUGGAAGAAAAUGCUAAUGUUAAUCCUACUGAAAAUGAUGUUUUAGAUGUUAAAAAUGUUGAUGCUGAAAAUCUUGAUAAUGGUAUUGACCAUGAUGAAGAUAGAGAUAUAUUUGAUCCAGCAAUAUAG